AUGGAUGACGACAAUAAUUGCGAGGACAGCCGCGUCCGUGGCUGGAAUGCUGGCGGCAGCAGCGGAAAAGCGCGGGGCAAAGGACCGCAGUUUACGCGUGUGAUCCCCAAGUUUCUCCAGAAGUACCACCAGGCGCCGGCGAUCCAGGCCAAAUUCGCGACACUGCCAAAGUUAAGCGACGAAGAAGAGGCAGAGCUGGACGACGUGCAGCAGGCGGCGAUUGACGAGUAUGUGGCUACAACAGAGAAGAAGAAGGAGAAGGGACGUCGUGGGGAGGACAAAGAGAAAGGAUCAAUGUGUACAGGGGACGUAGAUGAUGAUAGAGAUGGCAAGAAGAGGAGGAAAAGAGACUCGACGAGGGGACAGAGUAUCGUGCAAAUGGGCACAGCCAAUACGUUGAAGAACGCCACGAAGAAGACGAAAACGAAGCGCAUACAAAGUGACCGACCAGCGCUUUGCAACAACAAACUGCUCUCGUUCUCAAUGGACGAUGCAUGA